GAGUUGGGCUGGGCCCCAGCCCAACCAAGCUGGCUCGCUACCUCACUUCCGUCUCCUCUUCUCUCGGACUGUUAAUUCAGUUCGGAACUCUCAAGUUUCAACGCCUUCCCUCUUCUUCCCAAAACUCUGCUCUGUCCUGCUUCAAAGGUUCCGGCCGGCUUGACUUUCAACUUGCCGGCAGCAAUGGCAUCAACGUCGUCUCCCUGCGUUAAACCCAACACUGUAGCUACGGCUGCACGUAUUCCGUCGCAACCGCCGGACUCAACUCAACCUCAGAGGCUCUCCUUCCCUAUCGUUUCCCACCCUUCCCUCUCUCUCUCCCUCCGACCUACAUUCUCUGGUUUUCAGUGGCCCAGCAAGAAGCUGUCUUCUGUAACAAAAGUGCACGCACAAGCGAACAAGUUAUCUGCUGAGGAAUCUUCGAAUUCUUCUCCUCCGGCAGACAACAAACCUGUAGGUAGAAUUCCAGAUGCAGCGACGGUGUCAGAGUGCAUGGCUCAAGUAGCAGACCUUGUCAAGUAAAUCCCUGUCAACUUGCCUGUCUGUUUAAUUACAAGUUCCCAUUGCACUGCAAGCAAUUGCGUAAGUUAAUGUGAGGUACAAUGUGCAGGCUUGUGGAUAAGAGAGAUAUUGCAGAGCUGAAACUGAAGCAAAUGGACUUUGAACUUAUCAUAAGGAAAAAACAGGUUUUGCCACCUGCUGCUCCUUUCAUGAUGAUGCAAUCACCAUAUCCACAAGCCAUGGCACCACCACCACAGCCACAACCAACAGCUUCUCCUGCUCCUGCAGCUCCAGCUUCAGCACCUAGCUUGCCUCCUGCUGCAAAGACUAGCUCGUCUUCUCAUCCACCACUGAAGAGUCCAAUGGCUGGAACCUUUUAUCGCUGUCCAGGCCCAGGCGAACCACCAUUUGUGAAGGUAGGAGACAAGGUGCAGAAAGGUCAGGCCCUUUGCAUUAUCGAGGCCAUGAAGUUGAUGAAUGAAAUCGAAGCUGAUAAGUCUGGAACAAUAGCUGAAAUUCUGCUUGAAGAUGGGAAACCAGUUAGCAUGGACACGCCUUUGUUCGUAAUUGUACCAUGAAGGACAGCGGAUGAACUUCUCACCUCUGUCCGCGGCAAGCAGCACUGAAGAAACUUUUGAGAAGUUGAACUUCCCUAGUCAUAUUCUGAGCUUGCAGCUUGUAGUAUAAGCCUGUUUUUUUAUCAAUGCAGGGGAAACUUGUUUCCUAUUGCAAUGUACUAGAAGCCUCGGAAGACUUUAUUUAAGAACAACAGUUUUUGGAGUGAAAUUUUGGUAAUUUAUCACGUAAAAUUACUCACUUUUUUUUUUUCCAGUUGUGAACUAGAGUUCUGAAACAGUUUUUCAUGUGUACAUAGCUUCUGAUUCCCAAAUCAGUAGAGACAAAUGGAUGAAGAACAUAUCUUAAAAUUUGUAUCAAAUGCCGUUUAAAGUGAGACCUUCAA